UUGGUGCGCUUAGAGAAACGAGACUCGUCACCUAUUCCUCGAUUCCAACGGACGUUUCACUGUUCAAAAGCGCCGCCUCCUUUCCCAAGGCUCCGAAAAAGCGUGCUUGGCGGACCGAAUUCGCUAAACUCGGAAGAAUAAGAAGAAAAAGAACAAGGCGGUGAAGGCGGCGGCGAAAAAUUAGGAUCGAUGGCGAACAUCGACAUCGAGGGGAUCUUGAAGGAGUUGCCGAACGAUGGGCGGGUGCCGAAGACGAAGAUAGUGUGCACUCUGGGGCCGUCGUCGAGGUCGGUGCCGAUGCUGGAGAAGCUUUUGAGAGCUGGCAUGAAUGUUGCCAGGUUCAACUUCUCACAUGGGACGCACGAGUACCACCAGGAGACCAUUGACAACCUUAGGAUCGCCAUGCAGAACACACAGAUUCUAUGUGCCGUCAUGCUCGAUACGAAGGGCCCUGAGAUCCGCACUGGUUUCUUGAAGGAUGGCAAACCUAUCAAACUUAAGGAGGGACAAGAAAUUACAAUCACCACUGACUACAGCAUCAAGGGCGAUGAGAACAUGAUUUCUAUGAGUUACAAAAAGCUCCCUGUAGAUCUGAAGCCUGGAAAUACUAUAUUGUGUUCUGAUGGUACCAUAACGUUGAUUGUGCUGUCAUGUGACCCAGAGGCUGGAACUGUGAAAUGCCGUUGUCAGAACACAGCAACAUUAGGUGAGAGGAAGAAUGUCAAUCUUCCAGGUGUUGUGGUUGAUCUUCCCACAUUAACAGAGAAAGAUAAGGAGGACAUCAUGGGUUGGGGUGUUCCCAACAAUAUUGAUAUGAUCGCUGUGUCAUUUGUGCGCAAGGGAUCAGAUCUUGUUACUGUUCGACAAUUUCUUGGUCCACAUGCCAAACACAUCAAGUUAAUGUCAAAGGUUGAGAACCAGGAGGGUGUCAUAAAUUUUGAUGAAAUCUUGAGGGAGACAGACUCUUUCAUGGUUGCUCGAGGUGAUCUCGGAAUGGAGAUACCCGUUGAGAAAAUUUUCCUUGCUCAAAAGAUGAUGAUUUACAAAUGCAACCUUGUUGGGAAGCCUGUCGUCACUGCCACCCAAAUGCUUGAAUCCAUGAUCAAAUCCCCCCGCCCAACACGUGCUGAGGCUACAGAUGUUGCAAAUGCUGUUCUUGAUGGCACAGACUGUGUCAUGCUCAGUGGUGAAAGUGCAGCAGGUGCCUAUCCUGAGUUGGCAGUGAAGAUUAUGGCUCGUAUUUGUAUUCAGGCUGAGUCCUCGCUAGACUACGAAGCAAUUUUCAAGGAGAUGAUAAGAUCUGCACCUCUUCCCAUGAGCCCACUGGAAAGUCUUGCGUCAUCAGCUGUCAGGACAGCCAACAAGGCUAAGGCCAAGUUAAUCGUUGUCCUGACUCGUGGUGGCACUACAGCCAAAUUGGUGGCCAAAUAUCGACCUAGUGUUCCAAUUCUUUCAGUUGUUGUCCCUGUGCUGCUGACCACAGACUCAUUCGAUUGGUCUGUCAGUGAUGAAUCACCUGCAAGGCAAAGCCUCAUUUAUAGAGGACUGAUACCGUUACUGGCUGAGGGUUCCGUCAAGGCUACAGAUUCUGAGUCGACAGAGGUGAUCCUUCAGGCUGCACUCAAGUCAGCAGUGGAGCAGAACCUAUGUGAGCCAGGUGAUGCUGUUGUUGCACUCCACCGCAUUGGCGUUGCCUCUGUUAUAAAGAUCUGCAUUGUGAAAUGAUUAGCAAAUCAACCAGGCAUGCAGCAAUUCAAAUUGCUGUUAAUGGCUUCCUUUUCUGGUUUAAAAUAACAGUAUAUUCCAAGCUCAGCCUUCUUUUUUGCAAGUUCUAGUAUAAUGAGCUGGUCAUUGGAGGGACUCCAAUUUUAAGCCAAUUGUUCCAUGGUUUAUGAUUUCCAAAAACAUUGCAUUCCUCUGGCCUCAGGCUGGCCAAUGCAGACAAACUUAUACUCGUCUGUUUCUUGACAUUGGUUUUGGUAAACGUGAUUGAGCUAUGUUUGCAUA